AUGGAUAAAAGCUCUGCCGACUCUUCAUCAUCUGAUAGAGAUAACUAUCUCAGACACCUCAACAAGCUUUCUCACAAGAUCUCAAAACCCAUUCUCAACAAUAACACCAACAACAAAAAACCAUGUUCUUUCGAACAACAACCUCAAAUUAAUAACAAUAAUCCUCUACAACAUCAACCUCCUGUUUACAAUAUCAACAAAAACGAUUUCAGAGAUGUUGUUCAAAAACUAACGGGCUCACCUGCGCACGACCGUAUCUCAACACCUCCGCCUAUUCAGCAACCCAAACAACAAAGCUCACGUCUUCAACGAAUCCGUCCUCCGCCGUUACCUCAUAUCACUAACCGUCCACCGCCGUUACUUAACGUCCGUCCGCAACUUCCUCCGCCGCAGAACUUUAACUUUAACGGUGUUAACUUUAAUCAGGGAUUUCCCGGGUUUGGUAGACCUCAAGCGCCGUUAUCUCCGUUGCCACCGUUUCCCACCGUUCAUGCUGCUGCUGAAUCUCCUAUCUCCGCUUACAUGCGCGAUCUGCAGAAUUUUGUCUCCACCAUGGAUUCCAAAAGCUUCUCCGGGUUUUCUCCUUUGCCUCCUCCUCCGGUUUCAUCACAUCAACCUCAACCAGACCAACAACAACAGCAGCAGGAAGAGCAAGAGCAACAGCGAGAGAAUCAACCUCCCCCGCAGCAGGUGGCUGCUCCGCCUGCUCCUCCUCUAGUGGCUCAAUCCCUGUUGCAGUUUCAGAUGCCGUCUUCCCCGGUUCCUUUUGGGUGUUUGAAUUCACAGCUUGCAUCUUACCCUUUGCUGUCACCUGGUUUAAUGUUUUCCCCCAAUUCUGCUAAUUUAGGGUUUCCUCAGCUUCCUCUUUCUCCCACCGUGCCGGCUCCGAGUCCGCGGUGGAGAGAAAUUUGA